CGUAGCUUGGAGCCCCGGAGCGACGAAGCCCGGAGCCCCGAGCCGGGCGAUGCGGGCGCUGCUGGCUGCACCUGGGGCUUCUCUCCGUGGCGGCGGCGAUAGCACCGGCGGCUGCAGCGCGGGCCAGAGCAAAAGCAGCUGGAGCCGCCACAACCAGUGCUGUCUCUGAUGCACCUUCCUCUCCCAGCCUGGCGGCUCUGGGAGGAUGUGGUUCCUCGGUAUCGCUACUACUUUUUGGGGAUUGUUUUUGCUUCCAGGAUUUGCUCUCCAGAUCCAGUGUUAUCAGUGUGAAGAAUUCCAGCUGGAUGAUUGCUCCUCCCCUGAGUUCAUUGUGAACUGCACAGUCAAUGUCCAAGACACUUGUCAGAAGGAAGUAAUGGAACAAAGUUCUGGAAUCCUGUAUCGCAAGUCCUGUGCAUCGUCUGCUGCCUGUCUCAUUGCCUCAGCUGGAUACCAGUCCUUCUGUUCCCCAGGGAAAUUGAACUCAGUCUGUAUCAGCUGCUGUAAAUCCUCACUCUGCAAUGGGCCACGGCCCAAGAAAAGGGGCAGCUCGGCCGCGAUGCCAAGGGCAAGGCUCCCCACCACCAUUCUUCUCUUGAAACUGGCCUUCUUCUCAGUGCACUGCUGAAAGAGAC